AUGGAAAAGAUUAAUCUUUUCACGCUACGCAGUCCUCUCUUCCUCGUCACCGUCGUCAGCCUCCUGUUCCCCUCUGCCGCAUCCUCCACCGAGGCCCUCCUUACCCUGGCGGUGCAAACUCUAACCGACGCCGGCUUCCUUUCCAUGGCCCUCACCCUCCGCCUCGCGUCCCCUUCCAUCCCCCUCCCUUCCGCCAACAACGCCACCGUCUUCGUCCCCCCAAACGCCGCCUUCAUCCGCUCCGGCCCGCUCCCACUCUCACUCCUCAAAUACCACAUCCUCCCCGAGAGGCUCCCACUCCAAAACCUCUCAUCUCUCCAACCAAACACGCCCUUACCCACUCUGCUCCCAAAUUCCUAUCUCAGCAUUACCUCUUCCUCCUCCAACAAACUUUCCCUAAACGACGUCGUCGUUUCCAAGACACCAAUCUUCGACGACGGUUCAUUACUCUUGCUCGCAAUCGACGACUUCUUCAACUCAUCUUCGCUCCAAGAAUUAGAAUCCGAACCCGCCCGUACUAACGCCGAAACGUUUGCCGCCGUCACCGAAGUCUUGAAAUCUCACGGCUGCUCCGUUAUGGCCACGUUUCUUGAUGCUCAGCUUUCGACGGAGUUUGGUGAUGAGAGGAAGUUCACGAUCUUCGCGCCGUUAGAUGAGGCGUUCGCCGUUAACGGCGUGAGGAAUAUCGGCGAUUACUCUACGAUUUUCCGCAAGCACGUCGUGCCGAAGCUGAUUACAUGGCGCGAUCUGAUUCGUCUCCCUAACGAGUCUCUGCUGCCGACGUUCUCCGACGGGUUUGAGAUCAAUGUGACGGUUUCUCCGAGGAUGCGGUUCCUCAACGGUGUUCUGGUGGCGGUUCCGGACAUGUUUCGCAGCGAUCUCGUCGUCGUUCAUGGAAUUCAUGGCUUACUUGAUAGCAAUAGAGUGGAACAGUGCCACAGUGCUACGUGCUGA